AUGUUAACAUCUGAGAUUCUGAACGCGGUGUUUGCCGCGCAGGAAGGUAACCCUAAAGCAAGCCAAUUGUUAUACGGACUUGUGGAGAAUCAGGACGCUGGCAAUCAUACACCCGAAGAACUUGUAAAUAAGUUAACUUAUUCUUCCGAUUUAUUACUUUCACUUGUAAACUUAUCUGAAUCAGUCCCAAAUGACUUCUUAAUCACUUUUUUACAAAAAUCGACAAAUACAGUUACAAAGGAGAAAUAUUCCGAAUUCAUAAACCUACUUCGUUUCUACGGGUAUACACUAUUGGUCAAAUUUGUCGAAAAUAACUGGCAAAUCUCACCAAAACCACUUAAAUCACAAUGUAAACUACAUAUACAAUCUCUCUUCUCGAAUUAUAGAGUGGAUAAUGGUAAUGCGGAUAUUAGUAAUAGUAGUAAUAGUAUAAAUAAUAUUGGUGUAAGAAAUAGUAAUUUUAUUGAAGAUCGUAAUUCACCCACCGUUAAGGGAGUUGAUUCUAUUAAUACAGUAUUGAGCGAGUAUUCUCUAUUAGUGAAUCAAAAGGUAUCGCAGUAUAUAAGUACAAUAGCAAUAAGAGAAUGGCCCACAGAAUGGAACGAAUUGAUACCCUCAAUCAUAAGUUCAUUAAAUAGAUUAUUUAUAUCAUUCGAGUCAGAUUAUAAGAAUAAUUUAAGAAAUAAAAAUGAACUAUUGAGUGAAAAUCAUCAGUUGAUGAAUGAAUUGAUAGUAUUUUGGGGUUUAAUAGUUGAGAUAUCAGCAGAGAUCCGUGAAUGUCUUGAUGUUACAUUACUCCAUAAGCGUAGAAUUCAAAUUUCUAACCUUAUCAAAUCAUACGUUUAUGAUAUUUUUAUUACAAUCCACCGAGCAAUUGUACUUGGAAUCGCUACAAAACCGCAACUAAGUAAACUCAUUUUAUCAAUUUUCCGUAACCUUUCCUCAAUUCUUGAUGGGUUCAUCUUUGUGACUUUUGACGUAGAUGUGUUUUUACUUAAUAAUCUCAAUUCAGAUAAUGCGUCAGAUGUUGUACAAACACUUAGUAAUCUCUGCUUAGACUUAUCUCAUAAACGAAUUAAACAUUUAAAUACUAUACCAGAAUUCGACCUGUCAAACGAACAGCUGUAUAUUACAAAGCUAGAACGAUUUUUAAAAAAUCUAGUCAUAAUAUCACAAAAAUUGUCCAUUCAAUUAGCAGUAGAUCAAUCAAUUGACCAAUCACAAGUUAAUUUGACACAGUCACAAUUAUUAUUGAAUCAAUCACAGGUGACGGUGAAUGUAUUACAGAUGUGCCAAGGAUUUAGAAACCUAAUGGAGAAGAAUAGUAAUUAUAUACUAGAAAAUGUUAACGCAGAAGUUAUCAAAUUAGUAUUUGAUUAUGUAAUGUGUAGACUAAUAAUGCAUCCAUCAGUGGAAGUGUCAACGUGUAGUUUAAACGCAAGUUCACUGCUAUUACGUAGAAUCUCGUCAAUCAAGUUAAAAAAGGGCGAAAAUAUCUUGCAAAAACUAAGUUGGCUGGACCAUAAGAAGUUUUUGCUAAUUUUGUUCAUAAGAUCACUAAAGCUGGGAAAUCCAAUCAUAAAUCCCAUAAUAACACAAUACAACCUGUACACUAGGUUGCCCAUACUGGAUCCAAUAAUACACAAUAUCACAAGUCAACAAACUAAUAUGGGUGAUACGGAUUACGGAAUAUCGAGUAUGAGGGAGUGGAUUAGGUUAUUGACGGAGUAUGGUAUGGUGGACGACGAGAUAUCAGUGGGCCAGAUGAAGAGUUUUGAAGCGCGUUUUGCAGCAUUGCGUUCAAGUAUUUUGCACUGCUGUUCAUUAUUGGCGAUUGUUAGCCCUGAAUACAUGCGUGAACUGAUAUCAAUAGUUGGUGAGUUGUUAUCAAGGUUCUGUGGAGAACUGGAGCAGGAUUGUAUCGGACAUUGUUGUAACUAUAGAAAAAAUGAAAAAAUAUUAAAUUACACCUGUGAUAAAUAUAUACUAUUCGACGGCAUACUGUUCAUUCUGGAGUCCAUCAUCUUCAGACUCCGUAGCAACACCAUCGAUCUCAAUAAUAAUAGCCACACGAAUGGGAAUGGAAACGGAGUUAAUUGGUUAUCUGUGGAUUUGUAUAAAAAUUUAACAAUAAACUUGACACCAUAUAACAGCGGUGACUGGCUAGUGAUGUGUAACAUGCUAAUAAUGAAGUUGAUGAGUUUAGAGUUGUGUAAAUCGCACAAGUAUAUGUUGGAUAUUCGAAGAUUAGACUGUUUGUCAACUUUAUCGAUAUUGUUUUUAUAUAACGGACAAUAUAUAGGUGUAGUAAUUGAGUUUGUGGUUAAUAAAAUCUUAUUUGAGCUUCAUCAGAAUAUUUCAAAUUUAAAUAAAUGUGCACUUCAAUGUCUGGUUGUUUUCUGCAAAAAUUGUAAACAUUUACUCGUACCAUUUAUUGACGUAAUUGUCUCCAAAAUCCACCAUUGCCUGCUCAUCGUUACUAAUGACAAUUCCAAAGAUUUACUCAUCGAAUCUCUAAUUUCACUCAUUACUCUCUCUAAUAAUGGAGUUGAUACCCAUAAUUCAGUAACUAACAAUUUAGUACCUAAUAGUUCAAUGAAUAAUUCAGUAACUAAUAACUCAGUUAAUAUUUCACCAAAUGGUAGUCCAGUAAAUAACCAAUUAACUAAUGGAUCAGUAAACGGUAGUUCUGUGAAUAUGAUGAUUUGGAAUAUAAUGAGUAAUUAUGUGAAUGAAUUGAGGUUAGUAUAUGAAAAGGUAUGCGUGAAUGGAGUUAAUAGUGAGAAUUUAUACAGGUAUUUGUUCGAUGACCUAGAUAAUGAUGCUAACCGGAAACACCUACACCGUAUCAUCAAUAUUCUCUACUCGAUAAUUAAAAAAAUUAAUAUAACAAAUACGAUUAAUGGCGGCAUCGCAAAUGGCACUAAUAACACGCAGUCUAAUAGUAGUGUUAUGAAUGGUGAUGAAAACAACCCUGUUAGUGUGUUGGAAGAGUUGUAUAGGAUGGUCUUGGAUAUCUUGAUGAGCUUUGUUAAUUUCUGGAAAUUCGAUUUCUUCGACAAGAAUAUAGUCAGAAAGACAAUAUUGAGUCCAGGAAAAGAUGAAUGGUUGUCAUUACAAGGGUAUAAUGAAGCAUUGGCAAACGAAGAUAACCUAGAAUUAAUAGUUGAAACAGUUUUCCCGAUACCAGAUACACAAAAUAAAAAUACAAUACGUUCCAUAAGACGUUAUAUCUAUAUUCUGAGACAAUCGACAUUAAAGUUAUUGGGCGCAAUUAUACAACAUUACAGUAAUUGUUCGAGCAGUAUACAACUGGACGAGAAGUUUGAUGAGUAUGUAAUUGGAAUAAUCGAGUGGAUUCCAGUAUUCUAUUUAUAUCAAAUAAUAAAGCAUACAUUAUCGCCUUGUAUAUUAAAUUUGAAGCAAAUUAAUAUUAUUAUUACUAAACUUCAGCAAAGAAUUAAUCACGAGUUUCUAUCUCUAAGGUUAUUCAAAUCGCACAACUCACAAACCCAUAAUAGCAAUGUUGAUGGAGUUGAGGAAAAAAUCAUACAAUUAUAUUAUUUAAAGGUCUAUGCCUGCAUCGAUUGCUCUAAUGAAAUCUUGUCACUCAUUUUAUUCCUCAUCAAAUCUCUUCCCAACACUAACGCAGUUACUAAUAAUUCUACUGUAACUUUCAAUAAUACACCCAACUCAGUUGGUGUUAACAGUGGUUUGGUGGAAGAAGAGAGGUUGAGAAGUAUAUUAUUGUGUUUAUCAAGUUCACUAGUAUGGCCACAUGGAAGAAUCGUAAGUGAGUCAUUGAGGAUUUUAAGAAUUUAUGCUAAAAUUGCACCUCAACUUGAUACUCAGUUACACUCCAAAUAUUUAUAUCAACUCAUUCUAUACCUAAAUAAACAAAUACUACUACCAAGGGAGUUUAAUCCAAUAGAAAUUGGAGGUGGUAAUAGUAACGGUUAUGAUAGCGUAAAGGAGUUUGUGAAUACAAUUUGCUGUUUAUAUGAAUCACUAGUCAAAUGUUUUCCAAACACCAAGAUCAUACAAGAUGAAGAAGUUAACCUGAAUGAGCUGGUGUCAUCAGAACAUAUAUUCGAGACGCUAAAGCUAUUUACACCCUUCUUCGGGGAACAAGAUUGUAUAAUAUUUGUAAAGUAUAUUCUAAUGCAAAAAUCAAUAGACUCAAGAUCACUAAUGAGAAAUAGAAUAAAUCAAAUUCUAAAGAUUAAUAACUAUGAUUUCGCAAAACAAUUCAACUGCAGUAUCUUGGAACCCAAACCUACCUCAAAUGAAGAGGAGGAAGAUAUCUUGGGAAACGAUAUACUUUAUUUAUUAUUUGAAUAA